AUGGCGUCCAUUCGUCUGGCAGCAGCUAUGAAAUUCAUUGAGCAUUUCGCAACCCUCGACACCAACAUUCUCCAGUCAAUUCUAGCGACAGACUACAUUCAUCAAUACGCCCCUAGCUCUAUUCCCCAGCAAGAGCCUUUCGACAAGCAAGGUCUAAUAGCAUUCGUGACAAGUCUCAAAACCAUCAUGAACGGAUAUCCCAUGGUGGUGAAGCUGGCCAUGGAAAGCGAGAGUAGCAACGCAGUCACAAUAUGGGCUGCAGGAGAGGCAAUCUUCCGCGACGCGGCCAAGGAUGACGGUAUCGCCAACCAGGAAUGGAAUUACAAGGCAGAAUACAUCUUUAUGAUAUUUCUGGACAAUGAAGGAGACAAGAUUAUCAAGACUAUAGAACUUGUGGACAGCAAGGCGACUGUUGAUAAAUUACUGGGGCUCUCCCAGAGAGCUUACAAGAACAUUUCAAACCAGUCUAGCCAGUAA